CAUUCAGACAGUGCUUGAAGGGAGUGAGGUUUUCGGCACCCCCUCCUCUGAAAAACAUUGAAAUCAUGCCUGGUUAAACUGACAUCUUAGAAAUAGCUCAUUUCGAGUCAGCCUUGCUUAAGUACCCUGUUUGUUCAACAAUGCGGCCCUGCGUCACAGACCAACAGACCUCCCAUCCCCGCAAGCCCGCGAUUUCCAACCAGAAAGUCUCGACACAUUUUACAGAACCCCAUGCUAGACCAGAAUCAUUUUUCCUUAGUCGAAGCGACGAUAUGGAGCGAUCCCGGUCGAGAAGUUCAGGUAGAGCUCGCGAUAGCACGUAUGGAGUACAAAGCUUGGAGGAAGCCAUGGAGUUAUCCGGGGAGGAGUCCCACCACGCAGCUUCGGAUAACCAUGGCUUAGAAGACAGUACAAAGCCUAUCCCUCCACUCUUACACAGGAUGUCUACAGUUAAACCGGCCGUUGCCGAUGAUGUGGUGUCGAGCAGACCAUCUUCUUCUGCUUUUGGGCAUAACCAAUCUAUGGAAAAUGCACCUUCGCUCCCUCUAACGCCUCUUCUCCUUGGGUCUCCUGCUGUACCAGGAUCUCUCCCUGGAAGCCCAAAAUCGGCAUCUACUCGAUCAUUCCGCCGUUCCGAUGAGAUCUCCAUUUUUGACGAAGUUAACAACCAUGCAGUAGAAUAUAGCGAUGAGGAGAAUCCUAGCAGCUCGCCUGAGCUUCAAGACAGUGCCUCACAACUUGUUAUGCCAAGUAUAAAAAUGCCAAGUCGAAGGCCAUUUACUGAGAGAGGCAAAUCCCUUGGGAGACUGAAGGUGAUGAUCGCUGGCAGUACAGGUUCAGGGAAAACGUGUCUCUUGAGAUCUAUCGUUCAGGCCUGCGAGGACAUUGUGCAUAUCGAUCCUCUCCCCCACAAUACAUCCCACACCCGCCUCUCAAACUCAAAGAAACAGAAUGUGCAGCAUGGGAAGAGGAUUCGGCGCAUACGGGAUCGCCCCUCAAUCGCGGAGAUUUACGCAAGCACUAAACCGUAUCCAACGUGGUGGUCAGAUCUUGAAGACUCGAGGGUACUACGGAGGCGAAAAAGUCUAGGGGAUAUGGUUUUGGAGCGGAAUCUUUGCUUCGUGGACACCGUCAAUACGUGUGUGGAUCAGAUAGAACAAACAAACUUGGAGAUUCAAUAUAUGAUUCAACAAUUCCGGAGGGCGACCACUGCUAUCCAUUCCGGCAACGCUGAUCUUCAAGGUUUGCUAAGUGGGAAUGGUGGAUCACAGGUCGAUGCAAUCCUGUAUCUUAUUUCCCAAGACACGCUUAUGUCCGAUAUCCAAUCAAUUAAGCGGUUAUCCGACUUUAGCAAUGUUAUCCCAUUAAUAGCAAAAGCGGACACCCUUUCGUCAGAGCAGAUUCAAGGUUUGAAAAAUAUAUUCAUUCAGAAAGCGCGAGAAGCUAGCAUUGGAACCUUUUUUGGAGAUUCCCUGUCCGGCAGUGACGUUGUACCUACUCCACGUGCUCCAUUCUCAAUUUCGUCAGUCACAACAAGCGAUGAUGAAAUGAUGGAUGCCAGUGUGUUAAUGAGUCCGGAUUACAUACAGCCAUUGGCACUGUCUGAGCUUGGCUUCCUUUUAGACAAGAUCUUUGACCAAGAUAACUUUGCCUGGUUCCGCCAUUCCGCAGCAAAGAAAUUGAUACGGUCACAUAAUCUUGGGAAAUUUGCGUUCGAGCAACGAGUAACCACCCCAACCUCAGCCCCAUCUGACUUUAUUGAUUCCCGAUUUACCUCUCCGUUCUCUUCGAUAUCACAGUCGCGGGUCCUCGAUUCACCGCGGAAAAGUAGUGGCCUUUCAGAGUACACGUUAGCCCGAGUGGCGGACCAUACUCGACGAGAAGAGCACUUGGCUCAGAUCCAGCUUGCCAAAUGGGCCACAGAUCUACAAUGCAGUCUCCAAAAUGAGAGGAUGCAAUAUGAGCGCCUAGCUCGAGACGAGCGGGCCGCGUGGCUAACUAAACGGCUCGACGAAUGCGUGGCGGAUGGGAUGCUCGUUCCUAUAGGCCAUGUCACUGCUUACGAGAAAGAGACCGGCGUCCUAACAGUGCAUAGCCAUGACGGUCGCCAGCUUCGAUAUCGUACUGGGAAUAUGAGUGCCAGUGACCCUCUGGGACUCAUCAGGUGGAAUGAGGAUAUGAAGCGACGGGGGUGGAUCGUUCUCCAAGUCAUCGGUGGGGUUGGCUUUGUUGGAGGACUGGCGUUAUGGCUUGCAAGAACACUAGGCCUAACGUCGCAUGACUUAUCAAACUGGAUCCGGGCUUAUUGAGAGGACAGAGGACGGAUCCAAAAAACAUUGGUGUUGUUAUCACUUUAACGGCGUCAGUCUAUUUUUCUGGCGUGCAUCUACUGGCGCAAUCAAGGCGUUUCCGACCCGCCCAGCUUUAACCUACUUCCUAAAGUUGUUUCCAUUUGUUUAAUGCGCCACGUUUGUAACAGAAUUCCUUCUCUGAUUCGCUGGGCCUUUCCAAGGGAGUUUGGAGUAUGCGCUGCCUGUUAUCAUUACUGGGGCUGGGUCUUUUGGCGAAUUGGACCUAGAGCAAGUUUAGUUUCUAACACCUCCAGGUUUCUGAAAUUUCGUAUUAUUUAGGAAGCCCCAUGUAAAUAGGUACAAUAACAUUUUCUUCCCGGUCCUGCUUCUCUGUACAAAAUGC